AUGGCUACUCUGGACCCGAAGAUACGGCAGCAGCAAUUGACGUACAUCGCACAGCUAGGCACAGACAGUGACUUCACCCUGAAUACGGAUGCGGCGCCCAAGGCGGAGUUCACUCGACUAGCAGUGGAAUUCUUGGGAUGGAUCACCACCGGCCGUACCCCUGAAGAUCUCGAAUUUCGCAAGGCCGUCUUUGUUGGAAAGAAUAUCGAGUGA